CCUUUAGGUAACCUUUCAUAUACCACUAGAUAUCAUAUACCACUGGAUACCGGAUAUCGAAUGACGCUGAAGCAGCACAUCGUAGUCCUUUUUCGUGCCAUCUUUUUCCGACACUCUCCUUUGUGGAUGGAUACCAAAAGAUACGAAAGUCUACAGGAGUAGUUAAAUAAAUUCAGUCACGAUGGAGUACACUACAGAACAGUUGAACUUUUUUCGAAUUUGUUACAUCGUAUUUGACCUGGUUCCAAAAAGUCUUCGAAGCAUGUUCAAAUCAGAAUGGGAUAUCCGUUACAAAGGAAGGUUUGGAGAAUGGAAAGACACAACACAGAAUGGUCGCGAUUUCUUUAACAGCGAAUCAAAGAAAAGUCGUUCAAAGAAUGCGCGAUUACUAGCAACGAUCAAAAAUGGUAACACCGCAGAGUGGGACUGCAGCUGUUUGUUCUUCGCCAUCCUGUUCUCAGAUAGUAUUGGGACUACCCUAAGUGGGUCGGCAAGGACAAAUGUUGAUGACCUUCGAGAGUUCAGGAAUUACAUUGCCCAUAAAACUGAGGCCCAAUUUACCGAUGCCGAAUUUUAUAAAUGCAUUGGAAGAGUUUUGGUUGAUGUCAGCUCCUUGAAUCUUCCAACCAGUUAUAUUGAAGAAGUAAAAAAUCAGACGAGCUUUCCUACUGCUGAAGUUAAUCGCCUAAUGGUACUGCUUAAUAUACUUCAAGAGGAAUUAAAGAGAGCAAAGUCGAAUUCUAGUGCCUCGGAAAAACAGGUUCGAAGUCUCAUGUAUGAUUUACAGCAGGCAGAAGACACCAUACAACGAGAACAAGAACAGGUCCAAUGUCUCACUGACGAGUUAAAUUCCAAAGUCGCAUCUUUCUGUCACCUGCCAUUCAAGCCCUCUCAUCAAAUAGUCAAACGUACAAAUGAUGUUGCAAGAAUUUUAACCGAAAUGCAGAAGCUUGAAAAUGACUGCAAAGGCGUAGUCAGUACUGUCUACUUGUCAGGAAGUCCUGGUUGUGGGAAAAGUCAAAUUGCUCGUCAGAUUGGACAAGAAUUCUUCACAACUUCAUCAGAUGAGAGCGACGGUGAAACAUUCGUCGCAACCAUGAAUGCAGAAACUCUCGAGACUCUUGCAGAUUCUUACAUCACUCUGGCUAAACAGUUGGGAGUGACAGAGUACACCUUAACUCAGCUUGCGACCUGGAAAGAUAGCAGUCCUAAGGAAACAAUCCAACAUCUUAAAAGUUUAAUUUUUCCCAAAAUGAGGCAGUUCUGUAAAUGGUUGAUUAUUGCUGAUAACGUGGAGGACCUGUCCAUGGUCCGUGGCUCUCUACCCCAGACUGCCAGCGAAGAGUGUGGUCACGGCCAGGUUCUAAUUACAACUCAAGAUACCAGUGCCAUUCCAACAAGAGCUCCUCAUACAUACCAUGAAUCGCUCAGCGUAGGGAUGCAAAGAGAGGACGCUCUGGAGCUGCUCAAGCAGGUAUCUCAAAUCUCGAACCACAAGCGGGCUGAGGAGGUUGCCGAAGUUCUUGGAUUUCAGCCGCUCGCCUUAGCAGCUGCUGCAUUUUACGUUUGCACUGUUGUUGGACAUGGCUCUCCAAAUUACACAUGGCCUGAUUAUCUAGAAACAUUUUCUCGAGGCGAACGUGAAGGUACCGAAGAACCGCUUGCAAAGGAAAAUGGAGCUUACUCGAAAACUCUGACCACUGCUUUAAAGAUGGCUUUAAACAAUGCUUCGAAAAACGAUGAAGUUCUUCGUCAGACGUUCUGUCUUCUUUCUCUGUGUGCUUCUGAAUCCCUUCCAGUUGAAGCAGCUGCUAGUUUCAUCAAAGCUCGCACAGCCACACCCACGAAAGAGCCCCACAAAAGACCAACGAAAGAGCUGAUCAAAGCAAAGAUUUUGAAAUCUUCUUUGAUCAUUUGCUUUCGCGGAGACGAUGAAGCUCCAGAGUACUUCAAAGUGCACCAAAUAGUGCACGAAUUGCUCAAAGCAACUUGGAAGACUCAUUCUGAGGCCCGGAAGGCCUUACCAGACUCAAUAAGGAGUUUGCACCAGGUUCUUCUCUCAGAGUGUGGCCAUUUAUUCACGAAAGGUCAAGCAUGAGUAAAGCUAGGGCGAGUGACGAG